GUACAACACUGAACAAGGAGCUAUGGACCAGCAAUUCUGUUUACGCUGGAACAACCAUCCCACAAAUCUGACCGGGGUGCUGACCUCGCUGCUGCAGCGUGAGGCGCUCUGCGAUGUCACCCUCGCCUGCGAUGGUGAAACAGUCAAGGCACAUCAAACCAUACUGUCAGCCUGCAGUCCAUAUUUCGAGACGAUUUUCCUGCAGAAUCAGCAUCCACAUCCCAUCAUCUAUUUGAAAGAUGUACGAUACUCAGAGAUGCGCUCCCUGCUGGACUUCAUGUACAAGGGUGAGGUCAAUGUGGGUCAAAGUUCGCUGCCCAUGUUCCUGAAGACCGCCGAGAGUCUGCAGGUGCGCGGCCUCACAGACAACAACAAUCUGAAUUAUCGUUCCGAUUGCGACAAGCUGCGCGACUCGGCCGCCAGCUCGCCCACUGGACGCGGGCCCAGCUAUGGUGGCGGCCUGGGCGCCGAUGUGCGCGACUCACGUGACUCCCUGCGCUCCCGCUGCGAACGCGACCUACGCGACGAUCUGCAGCGCAGCAGCAGCAGCCUCAGCCUAAGCGAACGCAGCUCCGCCGCCGCGGCGGCAGCUGCUGCCGCGGCCGCUGUGGCCGCAGCCGGCGGCAAUGUGAAUGCCGCCGUCGCAGCGCUCGGCCUGACAACCAGCGCCGGCGAACGAUCUCCCAGCGUGGGCAGCGCCAGUGCCGCGGCAGCUGCCAUGGCCGCCGCAGUCGCGGCCGCUGCGAACAGAAGCGCCAGCGCCGAUGCUUUAAACAGUCGCGGCGAUGCUGGCAGCGAUCGGGGCAGCGAGCGGGGCACGCUCGAGCGGGCUGAUAGUCGGGAUGAGCUGCUGCAGCUGGACUACAGUACCAAGGAUAAUAAUAAUAGUAACAGCAACAACAACAACAACAAUAGCAGCAGCAGUAGCAGCAACAAUAACAACAAUAACAACAACAACAACAGCAGCAGCAGCAACAACAACAACAAUCGAGAGCGCAACGAUAGCAGAGACAGAGAUCGGGACAGGGAGCUCUCCACGACGCCCGUGGAUCAGCUGUGUAGUAGUAAGCGCAGACGUAAGAACUCAUCAUCCAACUGUGAUAAUUCGUUGUCCUCGAGCCACCAUGCGAAUGCGGCCCACAUACAGGACAGACACUACGCGCAGGACUCUCAGGCGAGCAACUUCAAGUCGAGUCCGGUGCCGAAAGCGGGCGGCAGCACAUCCGAGUCGGAGGACGCGGGCGGCGGUAGGCGCGAUUCGCCGCUCUCGAUGACCGUUGGCCAUCUGGGCGGCGGCAAUGUGGGCGCGGCCAGUGCGCUGAGCGGACUCAGUCAGUCGCUAAGUAUUAAGCAGGAGCUAAUGGAUGCACAGCAGCAGCAGCAACAUCGUGAGCAUCACGUGGCGCUGCCCCCCGAAUACUUGCCGAGCGCUGCUCUGAAAAUGCACGCCGAGGACAUGUCCACGCUGUUAACCCAACACGCGCUGCAGGCCGCCGACGCACGGGAGGAGCACAACGAUGCCAAACAGAUGCCACUCGAUCAGACGGACAACAUUGACGGUCGCGUUAAAUGUUUUAACAGUGCCCGCAAGCACAAUGCGGACGACGAUGUCGAGCUCGGUGUGGCCGUUGCCGUCGUCGCAACGGCUGACCAGCAAAUGGCUGCUGAUGAGGAGGAGGCGGAGGCCGAAGCAGCGGCGGCGGCGGCGGCAGCGGCAGCGCUCGCCUACCAUGCCACGCCCAAGUAUAGGCGUGCCAUAAUCUAUGCGCCGCACGAGGAGGAUAUGCACGCGACGGACCUGUACAUGGACAACAACAACUAUAAUUGCGAGUACAAGUGCAAGGAGCGCAAUAUGCGCGCCAUACGCUGCAGUCGCCAGCAACAGCAGCAGCCGCAUCAUCAGCUGGCGGCGGCGCCGCAAACGGCACUGAAUCUAGGCCGGCACAGCAGCGCCAUUGUGGCAGCCACAGCCGCCGAGACGCUGUGCGGCGCCGAGGCGGCCUACUCGCCCACGCCCACUUCGAGCAGCAGCAGCUAUCGGGAGCAGAUGCAGCAGCAGCAGCAGGCGCCGCACUUGAGCUACGCACUGCAGCAGUCGCCCAAUGGCAUCGCCAAUGCAUUGCAGCCGAGUCAUCAGCUGGAGCUGGCCCAUAGCUAUGCCCACCACGCCCAUCAUGUGCCGCCCCAUGGUGCACUCAGUUCCCCGCACUAUCAGCCAGCGCUCUCGCCACAGCCCAGCUCCUCGUCCGCCUCGGGCAGCAGCACCUCAGCAGCGGCUGCGGCGGCCGCUGCGGCUGCUGCUGCUGCAGCAAAUCGUCGGGAUCAUAACAUCGACUACUCCACGCUCUUUGUGCAACUGUCCGGCACGCUGCCCACGCUCUAUCGCUGUGUCAGCUGCAACAAGAUUGUGUCCAAUCGCUGGCAUCACGCCAACAUCCAUCGGCCCCAGAGUCACGAGUGUCCCGUCUGUGGCCAGAAGUUUACGCGGCGCGACAAUAUGAAGGCCCAUUGCAAGAUCAAGCAUGCGGAUAUCAAGGAUCGUUUCUUCAGCCAUUAUGUACAUAUGUGAUCACUUCUUUAGAUAGUUAGACCCCUGUGACGAUAUGUAAAACCCCCUACAAGCAAUUGCAGACCCCCCUCAGUUAUAUAAUUACGUACACCUAGAACCCUAAGAAUUUCCGAGAGUUUCUUCAGCGCUCACCGCAAUUUACUUAAAGACAGGUAAAAGAAAUAAGCAAAAACAAAAAAAAAAAAAACAAAUCAAAUCAAAUCGAAUAAAAGGUUUUCAAUUUUAAACUUAUAAAAUCACAUACGUAAUAUUUUAACGCUGAAAGAUUAAGGAAUUCGAGUAUUCGAGCAGAUUUUAGCUAUAUAUCAAUAUAUACAUAUACACACAUGUAUUGUACUCUUGUAGUUGAUUUAUCAAAAGACUUUUUAUUAAUUGUUAUUCAAAUAACCUCUAGACGCUUUUUUACAUCAUUUUAAAAUAUGGUACUACACAUAUUUGAUUAUUAUAAACCGCAUAUACCGAGGCCAGUACUUAAGUAAAAACUUUAAAAAGUAUUACAAUUAGAAUUCCACAACUUUACGUUUACCAGUUAAACUUAUUUGUUUAAGUUAUGAUUUGUUUGUUUAUUUAUUUAUACAAUUUAUAUAAUUUAUUUAAACAUUUAACAUGUGCUGUAGUGAGUUUUGACUAAUACUAUUUUGUGUGCCAUAUUAUAUAGUACUUAAACUUGUAUUCAAUUAAUCAAAGCAACAACAAUAACCAAAAAAUGCAAUUUUUUCGACCAAUAAUAAGAAAGAAAUUCAAAUUUUAAGCAACAAAUGCAACGAGUAGCUAAAGCUAUGGAAAAGCAAAGAUCAAACGUAAACAAAAGCAAUAGAGAUCAAAACGAUUUCAUAAAUCAUUAAGAAACCAGACUAUUUUAAAUAUAUAAACAAAGAAAUUGUUAAAAAUUCAAACUAAACCAAAACGUGCUCAAUUUCAAAGGCAUUCAUAAGUGCCACAGACAUAUUUGAGCCCCUGUGAGCACUUUGAGCCAACUUUUAUAUAUAAACAGGGCUGCAAACCUUACGAAAUUUGGCGCUAUUCAGGUUUACGGUUCAGUUCACGACUCGCUUCACGGCUCGAACCUGUUCUUUCACAUAUAUGAAACCAGGAUUUUAUACAAAUUCUACUGAAAUAUUGCAGAGUGUGCAUGUUUUCAUACUUUGUUUCUUUUUAUUUCUGAGCAAAAUCAAUAUAAUUUAUAAUAAAUUAAGUAAGCCACAAGGCCAAAACUCACUCAAAAGAUUCAUUUGAGUAAUAAUUAACCAAUUUUGAUAAAAAAAGGUUGAGAUUUCGAUUCCUAGUUUAUUCGAGCAGUUGAUUUAAAUGAAUAUUCAGUUCACACUCAAAAGCAAAGACAAAUUUCGAGUUUGAACCAGCUUGGUUCAAACCCGCUUUGCAGCCUUGUAUAUAUGGCAAGGUGUAUUUGAUAUCUGGAUUGAAAUUGGGCGCUCGUUAAAUAAUUGCACUCGUAUCUUUGGCAAGACACCCACCGAAGUGCAUUAGUUGCAGAUUUAUAUUUGACAUAAUUAUUUAAAUUUUAAAAAAUAAUGUAUUUGAAAGUGGUUUGCUAAAGAAACAAUGUAAGCCAAACACACACACACACACACGCAAUACUCAGCAAUAAACAAUUAGAAAAGCAGCAAAUGCAUUGUAUUUAAAACAAGAACAAAAAUAGUCGUAGAUUAAGCAAAUGCAAAUGCAAACUCUUAAAACUAUUUUAAAGAUAAACACAACAAAUCAGCAAGCAAUACUUAACUUCUUUAACUUUACUUAAUAA